UCAAGAUGUAUGACUCUGUCUAUUUCUUCACUUUAUGUUCAGAAUUCAUAUCAAGCAGGAAUUCAUAAGAUCUUCAAAACCAACAUCCAACUAUCUCUAGAUGUGAAAUGAAACUGAGAAGAACUAUCAUGGCUUUUUGGAGACCUGGCAUACCACCGACUUGUUGAUGGAACUUUCACUCCUAUCUUUUUUCUAUCAAGCAAUUCCUAACUAACAAAUAGGCACAAUCUGAUUUCUCCUACCCAUGUAAAAGAACUUCCAUCAGCCCCAAAUAAAUACUUUUGUUUUCUGUCAGGUUAAUGAGUCAAGGAGAACAUUCCUAUUAACUUUGCUUCGUGCCUUUGCUUCUUCUCAAGGGGAAUAUCUUGCAAACAUUUUGAAACUGGUCUCUCUCUGGCACUUUUUCUUAACCUGCUGUUGAUACUGCCUCUUUCAACAGCCCAAUCUGUUGGUCAAAGUUUGCUAGUGGGACAACAAUGGGAAAGUCCCAUUGUUCAUUAUCCAGAGUUGAACAGGAUCGGUAGUUUUAUGUGAGCAAAUGUAAACAAGACAAAAACAAUUAGGUGUAUCCCAUUUGCAGCUCGGACAGGAUGAGAGGUAGCUGAUCAACAGUUCUGUCAAAGAGAAGAAAUUCCUGCAGGAUCAUUCAAGAGAACAUUCUUGAAAGAAUUACAAUCUAAUUUCCCCAACUUUAUUUAAAUCUGAUAAAAUAAAUACUGGUUAAAUGCUGAGUAAAUAAUGCUUUUAACAUUAUAAUAGGUUCUACUUUUUGCUUCUUUUUUUCGCCUAAAUCACAUAGAAUUUUGGGAUAUAAGGAGUAUUUCUUCUUCACAGGUCCUGGGCUGGUCCAUAGGGAUCUACUGGUCCAUGCAUUUGUAGGCUAGACAUUAGGUGUUUGAAGAAGAGACUUCUACUAUAUGGAGUGUCCAAAUCAAACAGCCCCAAAUGAAUUUAUCCUCUCUGGGUUUCCUUGUACAGAAGACUUAAAGGCCCCCUUGAUGCUCUUCUUCUCUAUCAUGUUUGCACUCACUCUUUGUGGAAAUUCUCUGGUCAUCUUGGCGGUGAUCACCAACCUUCAAUUGUACAAGCCCAUGUACUGGUUCCUCUGUCAUCUCUCCGUCCUGGAUAUGGCCUUCUCAGCUGUGGUGGUUCCCAAAGUUACUGCAGGAUUCAACCAGCAGGAAAAGAUGAUUUCCUUCUCAGGGUGCAUCUCACAGGUAUUCUUUCUGAACUCGGUUGGGUGUACAGAAUGUUUCCUUUACACCGUGAUGGCUUACGACCGCUUCUUGGCCAUUUGUAAACCACUUCACUAUGGCAACCUCAUGAGCUCAAAAGCCUGUCUCAUUCUCUCCUUGGGUACUAUAAUUGGAGGGACCCUUCACUCUAUCUUGGUGACAUCUCUUACCUUUCAUUUGCCUUACGGAGACAACAACUAUCUUGAUUACAUCUUCUGCGAUGUUCCAUCCAUCCUGAAGAUGGCUUGUGUUGACAUACACUUUCAAGAGACAGUUAUCAUCGUUGAAAUGGGCUUUGUGACAAUCACCUGCUUUCUCCUCAUCAUAGCAUCUUAUACUUAUAUCAUCACAACCAUUUUGAAGAUUAGUAGCAGUGAAGGGCGACAGAGAGCCUUCUCCACUUGCUCUGCCCAUCUUACUGUGGUGGUCAUAUACUACUUGCCCUUAUUUUCUCGUUAUUUGAGACCAGCCUCUCAGGACGUCAUGGAGAGUGUGGUAUGUGUGUUCUACACCACCAUCACCCCUUUGUUGAACCCAAUAAUAUACACACUUAGGAACAAAGAGAUGAAAACUGCUCUAGUCAAACUCUGGGGUGGGAAUCCUGAGUAGGUAGGCAGCAACAGAUGCACCAUGUAUUUUUCCUCAAAACUAGAUAAGCAAUUGUGACCUCUAAUUUACUUUCCUGUAAGGAGGUGCAAAUGAAAAUGAGAAGAGAGAUCAGAACUACUUCUUUUGUAGCUCAUCCAGGAUUGUUGGAGAGGAUAUAUGUGAAUGUCCUAAAGAUGCUUUUUCAUGAGGCAACUGAACUUUCUUGUUUUUCUUUGAAGACGUUUUGCUUCUCAUCCAAGAAGCUUCUUCAGCUCUGACUGGAUG